AUGGCUGGUACUGAGACAGGGGCGACAGCGGUGAUCCGAGGCGCCCGCGAUGCGGGCAUCGAGGUCUGCUUCGCCAAUCCAGGGACCUCCGAGAUGCACUUCGUCUCGGCCCUGGACCAGGUCCCCGGCAUCCGCGCGGUGCUGGGCCUGCACGAGACGGUAUGCACCGGGGCCGCCGAUGGGUACGGCCGCAUGGCGGGCAAGCCGGCCAUGGCCCUGCUGCACCUGGGCCCCGGCCUGGCCAACGGCCUGGCCAACCUGCACAAUGCCCGGCGGGCCCGCACUCCCACCCUGGCCCUGGUAGGGGACAUGGCCACCUGGCACCAGCCCGCCGACGCGGUGCUGGCCAUGGACAUCGACUCCCUGGCGCGCACGGUCAGCGAGGAGGUGUACCGCGCGGGGGCCGGGGGCGAGGACUUCCGCCGCCUCGCCGAGCGGGCCGCGGAGGCGCGGGGGGUGACCACCCUGGUGGUCCCGCACGACGUCUCCUGGACGAGGUUUGUCAGGGACCUGGCCGCUGCGAUGAGGGCGGCAUCCCGGGGACGCCUGGGCAUCUACUGCGGCGGAAAGGCGCUCAUCGAUGCCGAGGGCGCGCUGCGGCUGUUGGGCCAGAUUGCAGCGGCCUCCGGGGCCGACCUGCUGUGUGAGAAUUCGUUCGCCAGGGUCGACCGCGGCCAUGGUCUCCCAAAGUUUCGACGUGUGCCCUACUUCCCCCAGGAAGCAUCGGCGGCCCUGGGCAAGUAUGAGACCCUGGUACUCGUGGAUGCUCGACGCCCUGUUGCCAACUUUGGAUACGAGGGCGGUCCCAGUCAGUUGGUCACGCAGAGCGAGGAGGCCGUGUGGGAGAUCGACGGGGACGCCCACAUUGGCACGGUACUCAAGCUGCUAGGCAUGGAACUGCAGGCCGGUCGCAUCGUGCCUUUCAAGAACUGCGGGGGAGUAUUCGCCGGCACGAGUCGGCCGUUGCUGCCCACAGGCCGUCUCACCGCGGCUGCCAUGUGUGCCACCAUCGCUGCACUGCAGCCGGAGGGUGCUAUCGUUGUGGAUGAGGCGCUCACCAGCGGGACUGCCUACUGGGAAGCCUCCUCCGGCUGCCCACAGUUUUCACACCUCACGCUGACGGGCGGGGCCAUAGGAGCAGGUAUCCCAAUGGCCGUUGGGGCGGCCAUGGCGUGCCCUGCUCGUCGUGUCAUCAAUAUUCAGGCGGAUGGGAGUGGGCUGUACAGCGCCCAGGGUCUCUGGACUCAGGCCCGCGAGAAGCUCAAUGUACUGACCAUCGUGUGCGCAAAUCGGACGUAUGCCAUCCUCAAACUGGAGCUUGCCAAGCAGAGGAUUGCACCCAGUAACGGCCCGGCAGCGCGGUCACUAACAGACCUGGGUCAUCCCAACAUAGACUGGGUGGCUCUUGCAGCUGGGUAUGGCGUGCCUGCAGUGCAGGCUGGAAGCUGUGAGGAACUCGCCAGGCAAAUAGAAGUAGGCUUGGCGCGCGACGGCCCCAUGGUCAUCGAAGCCCUGCUGUAG